AUGAGAGAUGAGAGUGGAAACCCUGUGAAGUUCGAUCCAGACACGUUAUAUAUACAGCCGGAAAGGAAAGAGCUCGCAGAACUUGAAUUCAAGAACAGAGAUGUAUACAAUAUUGAUUAUGCAGAGUUGAUUGAAGACCGGAUCCGGUCAUUAGAGCUACGACUACGACUUCACGGACUUUAUGUACCGAAGCCAUUGCGAAAACGGGUUAAAUUUAAGUCCAUGCCGGCUAUCAAGUCUGAGCAACAACCAUUCCCAAUGAAGAGCGUCACCGGUCUUGAAUGUCCAGUGUGCUUAGGGGCCACCGAUAUACAUCUAAACUAUCAUAUAGCGGUUUUCGUGUACAUUCACAACAUUGUUGUUUCCCACGACGGGUCAAAGUCUUCCCGGUAG